AGCAUUAGCUUCGGCACUAGCAGCUAAUCUUCCAAUGCUUUGUCAUUCAAUUGCUUCUGAGGCUACAGCGGCGUCAAUAGUUGUUGUAUUAAUUCAAACUGCCUGUCAAUUGUUAGAUAACGUUAAAGCGUAGUUACCUUAAUACACAGUUGAGUUUGAGGUUUCCGUGUUGAUUUUAUAUUUUGGUAGCAAUUUCACUAUCAUCAUCGUCUCUGCCAUUCGUUUAUUUACAACGGGGCUGUGAAAAAAGAGCGUACAUUUGACGUGACUGUCCAUUGGUUGAAAUACAGGAAGUUCUAGAUGCGUCAAGGGGUACAGCCUCAAUGCUUUCACUGAUUGGUCCUUAGACCUGUCAAUCACACAAAACAACGCCCACAAACAGAUCCGUGUGAUUAACUUGAAGCCCGCCUUAAUGCACCUGUCCAUGCCAGAAAGAAAUGACAAGGAUUUUCACCGCUAUGGGGGGACAGGCAAAGGGCAAAAAGAAAAAUAAGCCGAAGAGGAAAGAGAACCGCCCCAACAAGGAUGCAGGAAUUGUUGGAUUGACACCCCAAGAAAGGGUGAGAGUGAGAAUGCAUGAAAAAGCUAAGAAGAAGACAUCUGAGAAGUACUCUGUUCAACAACUACUAGAAAAGACAGAGGAGUGCAUGGAUGGUUUUGACUUUGAGAUGGCUAGCCUGUUCUGUCAGCGAGCCCUGGAUGUGGAGUCCAACAACCUUCAAGCUCUAGAUAUGCUUGGACACAUCUGCUCUGAGCUUGGAGACACACAGAAAGCUAAGGAAGUGUUUCUGCGUGCAGUGGAGCAGAGCCCAGAUGUAGGCCACAGUAAGUACAUGUACCUAGGACAGAUUCACACAGGCAAGGAGGCUGUGGACUACUACACUAGAGGAAUACAAGUCCUGCUGUCUGCAUUGGAAAAACAAGAGCAGACCACAGCUCAGGCUGGAGCUGCUGCCCCGUCAGACGAGGACCCUGAACUCCCCACAGCCAAGGACGUCAGUGCGGCUUACUGCUCCAUUGCUGAGAUUUACCUCUCAGACCUCUGCAUGGAAGAGGGAGCUGCAGACAAGUGCAGGGAGUCCGUUGAGAGAGCAUUACAGUAUCACUAUGACAACCCAGAGGCUCUGCAGCUCAUGGCCAGUUACCUGUUCAGUACGGAGAGAAACCAGGAAGGCAAAGAGUACCUGUUGAAGAGUGUCGGACUGUGGCUGCCUGCCCAGAAACAGAGCGCAGCUUCUUCCAGCUCAGAGGAAGACUUGCAGAUCCCCCCAUACGAGUCUCGCAUCACCACAGCUAAACUGCUCGUGGAGUCCGAGGAAUACGAGAUGGCGGUGGAUGUGUUGGAGGGUCUUCUUGAGGAGGAUGAUGAAGUUGUUCAGGUGUGGUAUCUCUCUGGAUGGGUGUGCUACCUCCAGAUGGAAAAAGCGAAGGAGCAACAAGAAAGAGAGGGACGAGAAGGGACGGAGGAGGAGAAGGAGGAGUGGAAGGCAUUGACGGAUGCAGCCAGAUCAUACCUAACCAACGCUAAGAAGCUGUACGGGAAGCUGCGGUGUGAUGACCAGCCGAUGUUGGAGCAUGUGGAACAGCUGCUGGGCGAGCUGGGAGGAGAGGCGGAGGCAGAAGAGGGAGACCUUGUCUUGGAUGAUGAUUAUGAACCCUGUAGUGAUGAUGAAGAGGAGGAGGAGGACAGUGCAGCCAUGGAACACUGACCACAGCAACCUUUGCUCGAGCUCUAAUUUCACUUCCUUCUAUCGUCCUCCUUGUAGUCAAAAUGUUCUAGUAUUCCCUCUAAAGUGCCUUUUUAAGUGGUUAUCCUUUCACACACAUCAAAUUGAAGAGUGAUGCACAAAAACAUUAAAGCUGCAGUCUACUCAAUCUC